CCGUCACGUGAUUUGGCCGGAGUUGUUCCGAGGCUACAGGGAAACACAGCUACGGAGGAACGCGUUUAUCUCGUCUUAAAGAUGGAUCUCUUGGCAGACGUUGCCUUGUUGCCAGGCGAAGAGAGAGUCACCGACAAGGAGCUCAUCUACAUCUGUCCCUUCAACGGUGCUCUGAAAGGAAAGGUCUUCAUCACCAACUACAGACUCUUCUUCAAGAGCACAGAGGCAGAGGCGUUGACCCUGGACGUCCCGCUGGGGGUCAUCAGUCGGGUGGAGAAGAUGGGCGGAGCCUCCAGCAGAGGAGAGAACUCAUACGGUCUGGACAUCACCUGCAAGGACAUGAGGAGCCUCCGGUUCGCCCUGAAACAAGAAGGACACAGUAGACGAGAUAUCUUCGAGAUCCUGUCAAAAUACGCCUUCCCUCUGUCACACGGCCAGCCGCUGUUCUCCUACCUGAGCCAGGAGAAGUACGAGGAGAACGGCUGGAGCAUCUACAAACCCUUAGAAGAGUUCAGACGCCAGGGCCUGCCUAAUGAAAGGUGGCGAAUCACCUUCAUCAACAAGAACUACGAGCUGUGUGACACCUACCCCACCAUCCUGGCCGUGCCGUACCGGGCCAGCGAGGAGGACCUGAAGAGGGUGGCCGCCUUCAGGUCCAGGGGCCGCAUCCCGGUGCUGUCGUGGAUCCAGAGGGACAACCAGGCCGCCAUCGCCCGCUGCAGCCAGCCUCUGGUGGGCAUGUCAGGCAAGAGGAACAAGGACGACGAGCGCUACCUGGAGCUCCUGCGCGAGACUAACGGCACGCCCAAGCUCACCAUCUUCGAUGCUCGGCCCAGUGUCAACGCUGUGGCCAACAAGGCUACAGGGGGCGGCUAUGAGGGAGAUGAAUACCAGAAUGCAGAACUCAUCUUCCUGGACAUCCACAACAUCCACGUGAUGCGGGAGUCCCUGAAGAAGCUCCGGGACAUCGUGUACCCCACGGUGGAGGAGUCCCACUGGCUGUCCAGCCUGGAGUCCACCCACUGGCUGGAGCACAUCAAGCUGGUGUUAGCGGGAGCUAUCCGUGUAGCAGACAAGGUGUCGGGAGGGAAGUCUGUGGUCCUGCACUGCAGCGACGGCUGGGACCGCACGGCCCAGCUCAGCUCCCUGGCCAUGCUCAUGUUGGACAGCCACUACCGCACUCUCAGGGGAUUCGAGGUACUGAUUGAGAAGGAAUGGCUAAGUUUUGGCCACAAGUUUGCCUCAAGAAUAGGUCACGGAGACAAGAACCAUGCAGACCAGGACCGGUCGCCCAUCUUCGUCCAGUUCAUCGACUGCGUGUGGCAGAUGACCAAACAGUUCCCCACAGCCUUCGAGUUCAACGAGCGGCUGUUGGCCACCGUCCUGGAGCACCUCUACAGCUGUCGCUUCGGGACCUUCCUGUUCAACUGUGAGAGCAUGCGGGAACUGAACGAGGUGCGCUCCAAGACGGUGUCUCUGUGGUCGUACGUCCACAGCAGCAGCACUCGCUACCUGAACCCCUUCUACACGCCUGAGUCGGGCCGCGUGCUCUACCCCGUGGCCAGCAUGCGCCACCUGGAGCUCUGGGUGUCCUACUACAUCCGCUGGAACCCCCGCAUCCGCCAGCAGCAGCAGAGUCCGGUGGAGCAGCGCUACAAGGAGCUGCUGGUGUUGAGGGACGAGUACCUGAGGAAGCUGGAGGAGCUGAGCCCCUCUCCUCCCUCCACCCACAUGACCUCCCCCGCCCCGCCCGGCCCGGCCCCCACCACCCAGCAGUUCACCCAUCUGCACACCCCCUUCUAGGCCCCGCCUCCAGCCCUUCUGGCCCCGCCUCCACCCCAGGCCUAGGCCCCGCCCCUUCUGCCCUGCACUCUAGUGCCCAACUUACACACGCACACACAUGCACACACACGCAGAAUGCCAUUUGGGUCAAUAUUAAAAAUGAAAUUAGGAAAUAAGUAAUCGGCUGAAAAAUAGAUAUGUAUAUAAAUGUAAAAAAAUUUAAACUUGGAAUAACAUCAUUAAAUAUAUUUUCAUCUUUAUAUUUUUUACAAUAGUAGCAGUGUUUGUUUUGAGUUUUAUUAAAAAUAUAUAUUUUUAUGCUUAAUAUGAUGGAGUCACCUGAUGCUCACAUGGUCACGAUGGUCCCUGGUCACGAUGGUCCCUGGUCACGAUGGUCCAUGAUGGUCCCUGGUCUCGAUGGUCUCUGGUCACGAUGGUCCCUGGUCUCAAUGGUCCAUGAUGGUCACUGGACACGAUGGUCCCUGGUCUCGAUGGUCCCUGGUCACGAUGGUCCCUGGUCACGAUGGUCCAUGAUGGUCCAUGAUGGUCCCUGGUCUCGAUGGUCCUUGGUCUCGAUGGUCCCUGGCCUCGAUGGUCCCUGGUCACGAUGGUCCAUGAUGGUCCCUGGUCACGAUGGUCCAUGUUGGUCACGAUGGUCCCUGGUCUUGAUGGUCCAUGAUGGUCCCUGGUCUCGAUGGUCCCUGGUCUCGAUGGUUCCUGGUGGUGUUUGACGCUCCACAGAGGGGUUGGGUCCUCCAGGUGUUUCUUACCCUCUCACCUCCAGGACCAACGCACCAGGUCUUAAAGAUCUGUAUUGAAUUCUUCAUUUAAUGUUGGCUUUACUGACUAACAAAGAUCAAAAAUAUCUCAAUCAAUAUGUUUAGAUGGUAAGAAUAAAAGUCUUCAAAGAGAUCAAAUAGUUUAGAAAGUGUAAUCUGUGAAUCAGAAUAAAGGUCUACGUAGAAUCAUAUAAUUACUGUUUUCAAUUUCAGUAGGACAUAUUUAUUAUUUACACAAAUGGCAUUUCAUACAAACACAAUCCUAGAAUAAAAUGUAUAUAGCCUAUAUUUGUGGAUAACCUAAUAUGGUAUUUGAUCAGCUCCUCUAUUAGAUUAUACCUAAUGAUGGAGAUUAUUAUGCAAAGACUCUCAGCCUUCACUUUUAACUCAACAGAGUACUGCCUUAUGGGAGGGCAUCGACUGGCCAAUCAGAGCCCUGUGUGCGUGUGUGUGUGUGUGUGUGUGUGUGUGUGUGACUGACUGCUUGUGUACUGCUAUGUCUAAAUUAGGGGAAUAGUAUGGGAUGUUUUGCUUCUAAUAGUGUUCAGGGAAUGUUUUUUUUUUGUUGAGUACAAAGAAAGUUAAAGUUUAGUGUUAGACUUAACUUUUAUUGUUCAUAUUUAUAUUUCUCUAAAUCGAUGUGUUCACAAACUGAAUCAUUCUCUGUAAAUGAUGAACAUCUGACGAUGAGCUGUGGAGCUCAAAAUAACCUGGUUAACAAUUAGAUUCUUCAGAAACGCCAUAUGCAUAGAAGGUAGAGAAAAUAAUGAAACUCCUGUGAGUUGGUUGGUGACUGCUCUAAUUUAAUUAGUACAUAGACCUUUUGAAGGACUUUUGUAAUUAAAUUACAAAUGUUCCCAUCUUUCACUAUAAGGGAAAAAAUAGAUCAUCCUUCAGGACAAUGUGAGAAUCAGAUCAUUCAGUUUAAUCUGAUGAUUCAGUUGAAUCGGAAUCAUCAGAUGAAUCCAUGUCUAUCAUCUGAUUCUAACAUGAGGGUCAGAUAGUUAUUUGCAGGGCGAAGAAAGAUUACCAUUUUGUAAUUUAUGUUUUAUAUUUGGAUGUUAUUGUUUUAAAAAUGCUAAUACAUAUUUUGGACUAUAUUGGAUUAUAUACACUUUAUUUAAAUUUAUUUGUGAUUUUCUACUGAUUUCCUUAUUCCUCUUGCUGUGUGUGUGUGUGUGUGUGUGUGUGUGUGUGUGUGUGUGUGUGUGUGUGUGUGUGUGUGUGUGUGUGUGUGUGUGUGUGUGUGUGUGUGUGUGUGUGUGUGUGUGUGUGUGGUUACUGUAGAAAUUUGGGAAAUCGUAUCAUUUCCAUUUGUAAUGGGGGAAUAACAAUGUAUAUUUUCUGGGUAUUACCUGCAUACUGUACACGAGCACCUCAAAGGACCGCCCCCUGGUGGACUGGAGUCAGAGAGAUUGUAAUUUGCCUCCUUCCCAAAUUAGAGUAUUUUUAUACCUUCUCUGGUUCAGUCCGCUAAAACAGCCUUCAUGAAAUUAGCCCCCACACAGACCUCAGCUAUGGUUUAUAGUUGUGGUUCAUAGCUAUGGUAUAUAAUUAUGGUCACAGAUAUAAAAGGGUUCUCUAAGUUCUACAGGGGUUUGAUCUCACUCACGCCUCGGUUUGUCCCCAGGAUCUCUGUCUCUGACCGGUUACAGGGCUCCGUAACCCGUCUAGUAGUUAGCCAUGUUUACUGCUAACCAGUCGUCGUUGAAGAGGAUUAUCGAGACUCCCUGGCCCAGUGCUCAGCCUGUUGAAGCACUCCUUCCGCUCUUUAAAGGGACCCUUUUCUAUCCAAACAGCAGCCGUCGGUAGAGGGGCCCAACACACAAGUGUUACAGGGAGAUCAGAAUCUAUUCUGUGUAUCUUUUACUUUGUACAAAGUAACAAUUUUGUAAUUACCUCAAACUCAUUUUUACUGUCUAAGUUCAAUUACUGUAAAAUAUUAUUUCACUUAGUGUAACAUUUGACCGAAAGAAAAUAAAGUAAUGAAAUGUCAGUUUGAAAUGUGUGUUUAAUGUUGAUUUCGAUGUUUUUAAUUUGGUUGCCUUAUUGUAACUGCUUUAGAUGAUUUAUUUUAAUGGUGCUGUAGAUUACAUGCAAGUUAUUGUUUGAAUGUUUUAUGGUAUCAGUGAAAUGCUCUGAAGUCUGGUUCUGUUAUGCUCCGCCUUUCUGUGUGAGACCGCCCCCGCUCAUUUCUGACCGUUCAGGACAUCUCUUCCGUGAUUGGCUAAGGAAGGAAGUUCACAUCACCUGUCAAUCACAGGUGAGUAGGGUGGGAAUAUUCUUUGGAUAUUUAGUUUCAAAAUGUUGCUCUCUUCUGCAGUCUACAUCUAUGAACAGUGAACCCACUCAGGUCAGAACCCACUCUGAGGUCAGAACCCACUCUGUAUGAACAGUGACACCA